AUUUACUUAAUUAUAUUCCCAUAUUAUGAAAAAUUUUGGCACAACCGAUAAAGUUACCGUGCGACCGAAUACGAAUCGAGAAAAUCCUUGUGAUCGGCCCUUCCCGAUGCCGCGUAUAACGACGAGUUUAGCACAGUGAGUUGCCCUUUAUUCCUACAUCAACGGUUUGUACUCUUCAUUCUUCACCAUUGAAGUCCACCAACUCCUAAUCCUUUCUUAUUCUUUCUGAUUCUGAAUUUCGAUUUCCCUAGCUAGUCCAAAAGCAUCAAACCGGAGCAAUUAAUAUCUCUUUAUUGCCACUCUCAAUAAUGGAAGGUGACCGAGCUAUUAACUCUAAGGCAGUUGGAUUGUAGUUUACACUGUCGUGAAAGACACCAAUUAGCGGUAGUUUUCAACAAUUGAGAUGGAGGUUGUUGAGACAAGUGGAGAAGGAACUCUUUCGUCUGCAGAGCAUUCCACCCGACGUAGUUUUCCAUCAAUUGAGGAGGAAGUUGUGGGCUUUGAGAAAGAUGCAGAAAGUAUAAUGAAGAAAUUGAUUCAAGGAACAAAGGAGCUAGAUGUUAUCUCAAUCUUUGGAAUGCCAGGUCUCGGAAAAACAACUUUGGCCAGGAAAGUGUACGACAAUCCUUCUAUUGUUAAUUACUUUGAUGUUAAAGCUUGGUGUUCUGUUUCGCAAGCAUAUAAUAGGAUAAAGUUGUUGGGUGAGAUUUUCAAACAAGUAACCGAUCAUAAGAGCGAAAUUGAUGAGGAUGUUGACAUAGCUGACAAGUUGCAGAAAACUCUAAAAGGCCGGAGAUACCUCAUUGUAUUAGAUGAUAUAUGGGAAGUUGAUGCAUGGGAAGAUUUGGGAUUAUGUUUCCCUAAAGGUGAAGAUGGAAGUAGAGUAAUGGUAACAACUCGAAUCGAAGAAGUGGCUAAGCAUCUCCAGCACUGCAGUGAUCCUUAUUCUCUUAGAUUUCUAACAUUGGAAGAAAGUUGGGAAUAAUUGCAGAAGAAAGUAUUUCAAGGCGAGAGUUGUCCCCCGAAUCUACGGGGAGCAGGGUUAAAAGUUGCCCAACACUGCAAAGGUUUGCCUCUUGUAAUUGUCCUGAUUGCUGGAAUUAUUGGAAAAAUGGAAAGGCAGGAGUCUUUGUGGCUUGAGGUUGCAGAUGACUUAAGUUCCCAUGCUUUAGAUGAGCAGAGUAUAAAGGUAAUACAAUCAAGUUACGACCAUUUAGAAGACCACUUAAAGCCUUGCCUUCUUUACAUGGGAUUGUUUCCAGAAGACUUUAAGAUUCCAGUAUAUGAUUUGCUGAAGUUGUGGAUGGCGGAAGAGUUUGUACUCAAUGUCGAGACAGAAUAUGGAGGAAGCAGCUAGAGUUUGCUUGAAUGAUCUACUUAAUAGAAGCCUAGUUAUGGUCUCUGAAAAGAGAAUUAAUGGUGACGUCGAAUGCUGCACACUUCAUGAUGUAGUGCGUGAGUUUUGCUGUAGAAAACUUGCAAAGGAAAAUUUUAUGCAGCUCACAGUGCCAUAUAAUCCAUAUCGCCAUUUGUAUUCCAAGAAAUCGCGCUUAUGCAUUUAUAUUCAUGAUGAUUUGGUUGAAGACUUUAUUCAUUCUGAAUAUUGGCCGCAUAAGCCUUUGGAGUUCAUUGCUCAUCCAAAAUGCAACACAUGGGAUCCAUCAGUUACUUUACCUUUACUUGCUAAAUUAAGAUUUGUCCAGGCCUUUCAUUCGUUGGACGUUAAGUUGCCAAGUUCUUGGGUUAUGGCAGUGCAAUCGCUAACUCACUUGAGGUACCUUGCAAUUUCUGUCGAAGAAUUUGAUUUCAAGUGGGUAUCUCACCUACACGAUCUUCAAACUCUACAUGUUGUCUCAAGAAAAUAUGUACGGUCAUCGCCCUCAAUUAUCUGGGAAAUGACAAAGCUAAGGCAUUUGUACAUUUUCUGUUUUUCCUUUAUAUGGGAAGAUGAUGACCGAGCAAUUUUUGACGAAUCUUCAGCAACAAUGCUAGAGAACUGGAGGACAUUUCGCUCUUGCAGUAUAUACGAUACGGAUCCAAAGUUCUGGUGGAGAUUUCCGAAUCUUGAAGAACUCAAUCUCUACAUUCAAGAAGAACCUAGUCGUCCAUUGUUUCCCGUACCGGAAGUUCAUACUCGACUUCAUUCUCUUGAACUAUAUAUCAAUUACAACCGUGGAUACUGGAAAUUAGUUGAAACAGCUAACAAGUUUGUCUUCCCUUCAAAUAUUAGGUACUUGCAUAUUCAAAUCGAAUUGCCAAUCAAAGGGUUAUAUCAAAAUAUUGCAAGAUUGCGGAAUCUGGAGAAUCUAAAAUUAGAAAUACGAGACACUUUUGGGGAAGAUUGUUGGGACGUCAGCGAUAUCGAAUUCCAAGCACUCAAAUACUUGAAAUUAUUAAACUUCAUGGAUAUUAGAGAACGGAAAGCUUCAGAGGAAUCCUUUCCUGUGCUUGAGAAGCUAUUUAUAAAGCAUUGUAUCUACCUGGAGGAAAUCCCUUCAUGCUUUGAGGAAAUUCCAACACUGCAACUUAUUGAUGUGGAACAGUGCAGGGAUUCUGUUGGGGAUUCAGCUAUGAAUAUCAAAAGAGAAAUAGAAGAAACCACUGGAUGUGACACUCUCCAAGUUCAAGUUCGACGUCCAACGCGCUAAGUCAAAAUAUUAAAUUCCCAAAUUAAGAGGGUUUAUUUUUCAGUGACUUACGCAUGUGUUCUCUGAUCAGAGGAGACGUCAGUAGCAGCUACAGGGUUAAAGAGAUGAGAGGGGUUGAUCUGAUGUGUGGAUGAAUGGCUAACAAUCGUGAUCUUGAGUCAUAUGUUUUGAUUCCUAACAUGGAAAGAGAAAACUUGAAGAUCAAGAAUCUGUUAUGAAAUGUCAAUUUGGUUAGCUGAAAGAUAUUGUGGAAAGCUUGACUCUUUGGUGGCUCAUUAUCUGGUGUUUAAAUGCAUCUGUUUAAAAGAAUAGUAUAUUGUUGCAGACUUAUGAGCUGCAUUUGUUCAAAGGCAUCUUGUUGCAAACUGAUUGCAGAUGACAAAUCAGGCCAAGUUGAAGUUUCUGCAAUGCAAAUCAGUGUAAAAGAUAUGUUAGGAACUUAAUGUCACAUUAUUCUCCUACUUCAAAUGUUAAAUUUUGGGUUAGUUCUGUUAAAAUCAUAUAAAUUCUCUGUUAACUAGUUUUUGACACGUUGUUUAGUGA